AUGUUUUUUUAUCAUUUUUGUUACGUAUUCAAGUCAUUAUCAGGGAACUACGAAGGGCUUAAAGUACAACCCAAGACUCUCCGUCAGGUCUCAAAUCAUAGUUUGGCCCUUGUUGGAAUCAUCGGAGGAGUCGCUUUUAUAGUUUGGGUUUUUUGGCUAUCAGUCAUCCGCUUAUGCAAACCCAAAACAAACAUCGCAUCCGAUACGACCUCUGAAUCCACCCCUCUCCUAAAUCCAGACCAACCACCGACUGAUCUCCAGAGAGAUCACACCGUCACAUCAGACAACGAUACCUCACUGUGUUCCGCCUGUGCAAAUAUAGAUUUUCACCAGAUCUUUCUCAACGGCAUCCCAGCAAAGGAAGAAAUCCCGCUUGGGUUCCUCUCUUCCAUCUUAGCGAAAUCCUACCAAUGCAAUUUCUGCCGCCUCAUAUCCUUUCAUGUCCGUCGAACAUGGAAGUUGGGCGAGUUUCCUCACGUCGAUCUCUCGGGGAUUGGAUUGGGGAUGUAUUCGAAAAAUUGUGGGUGUCUUCGGAAGCCCUUUUAUCAGCCUAAAUUCCAUUGCUACCGCCUCCAUAUCAUCAAGGCGAAGGGCCCGGGGGGCCUUUGGAAGAGACAGCUAGCUUUAGGGGAAGAAAGUCCACUCAUCAUUCACCUCUUGCAGGAAGAUGCUUUCAAAUUUGGGAGACCGGCCGACCUUCAUGGCCGUAGGGUGAAGAACACCGUGGACAUUGGUCUGGUGCAGAAGUGGAUUAGCCUGUGCCAGGAGAACCAUGGAGAUAAAUGUGGCAACGUUUGGAAAAGGGAUAGGAGGCUGCCGAGGUUUGUGAGAGUGGUGGAUGUAGUAUCGAUGGCCGUGGUUCCUGCGCCUUCUGGUUGUCGUUACCUCACCCUCAGUUAUGUAUGGGGAAGCAUCGGCGCAGAUUACUGGACGACGAAGGAUAACAUAGCGGAGCGCUCUACGCCUGGCGGAUUGAACGUGUCGACCUUUCCCCACACCAUCACUGAUUCGAUUAUAUUCGUUCGACAGCUCGGUGAACGUUACUUGUGGAUCGACGCUCUGUGCAUUAUUCAAGAUGAUUUGCUUGACAAGUCCACUCAGCUACGCGCUAUGGAUUUGGUCUACGGCUUAUCUCAUCUCACGAUAGUCGCUGCUGGCGCUACGACGGCUCAAGACCCUCUCCCAGGAUGCCGUCCACGAACCAGAACGCUGCAACAGCACGUCGAGGUCGUUCAAGGACUUCAUCUCUACGUGGCUGCUCCAAGACUUAGGGAAGCUCUCGCUCAAUCCACGUGGAAUACGCGUUGUUGGACCUAUCAAGAGAGCGCGCUCUCCUGCAGAAGAAUAUAUUUCACCGGGCCGCAGGUCUACUUUGAAUGCAAAUGCGACGUUUUCUGCGAAGACAUCGUCGCCGAAAGCAAGUGUCUCCCACUCUCCCACAGCUUCCUCCGGUCAUUUGGAGAAUAUUUCCCAUAUUCUUACGCAGUUCCGAGUUACACGGGAGCUGUUGAUAGGUAUACACGACGCCAUCUCACUAUGGAAUCAGAUAUCGUUGAUGCUUUCACCGGAGUGACGAAUGCUUUAGCGAUGGCAUUUGAGCUCGGUGACCCCGACAGAGUCUUUCAAUUUGGAAUGAUGUUGCCAAAUGUACAUCUCACCCUUCUCUGGCAACAUGAUCCACAAACAUCUCGCGCUCGUCGUUUGCUCCCUGACGGAGGCACCUCACCUUGGCCUUCCUGGGCAUGGGCUGCGUGGCGUGGUGGUGUUCUCUAUAGGGGGGCGGAUGUGUAUCUGAGGACUCAAAUGGGCAAUAUGAGUAGCGAUCCAUCGGUAGAGGAAACACUUGUUGAUCCUUGGUACGUCGUGGACCACAAUGGCGAUGCAGUGCAGCUUGAUGUCCACCAAGUUUCCUGGGUCGUUUUGAAGGCAAGGGAGGUGAAGCAUGCAUAUUCUGCUCUGCGAGGGAUCUUAGACCCAACGGAGUUGACCUUAGACAUUCAUCGACCACUAAAACCAGGCACUCUCAUUUUCCGCACGACCUGCAGUCACUUUGGAAUUGCACGGCGAGGUGGCGAAGAACCAAACGGAUAUGCUCACGGUCUCUUCAAUAUUCUCUCCACCACUUCUUUGCUUCCUGUCUGGGCUGGCACUGCCGUCCUGCCAUUGGAACCCCCUCUGCCAUCUUCUCUCGACUUUAUCGUCCUUUCCCGUACCAGUUCGCGCAGCGUAUACGACGAAGAGACUCUUAGGGGUUACGAUGGAUGCUUGUUGCAUGUGAUGGCGGUUAGUCAAGACGAGGGCUUGAUGGAACGUGUCGGACUGGGCGUCAUUCAUGAAGCUGCCUGGAUUGCAUCAAGGCCGGAGAAGAGGGUAGUGUUUCUCCGGUAA